UUCUGAUCAAAGCCAUCAAGGAGAAAGCGCUCCUCUCCUCGGACCUGUGCCACAUUUUGAAAGAUAUCCAUGCUUACCUCUUAGCUCGAAGAUCUUUUUGUAAUCCUCUGUUUAGAAUGGAUGGAGGAAGUGCCUCCUGACAUUGUGGAUGUUUUCAACCAUGAUCUUCUUGAUCUUAUUCAUGAAUAAAUUUCGGCCUUCAUUUGUGGGCCGGUUUCUCAAAAAAACAAAAAGGUAGACAGACACACAGUACAACUUUGUUUUACCUUCCCUCCUCCUCAUGGGUUUUGAACAGUUUUUGCUUCUUUGGCACUCUGAAUUCUUAAACAGACGCGUACGGCCAAAACCAAAAUGCUCCCAUUAAUCACGCAUGAAGAAUCUCUCAACGAUUUCCUUGUCCCAUAAAACCCAAUAAACAAACAUAGAUAUAGAGCAACAAAUUAAAGUUGAGACAUCAAAGUUGGUACAGUUGCACUUGCACCCAAAGUCAAUGCACCGACUCUUCUCUUGUCCUGCCCUGUGGAUCUAAAGUCUCUCCAACCUCACUUCCAGGAGCUCUGAAGUCAGGAAGAUAUGCAUGUAUUCUUUUCUUUAGAUGCUAAAGCAGAAGACUUUGGGUUAAUCAAUGUUUGGGGAAAAACAGUCUAAGAAUUCAGACAACCUUGCAAAUGAUUGGUUAGAAUACAUCAGACGAAUGCUGCAGAAUAUGCCUCAAGAUGGUCUAAGAUCAGUUGUUUAUAGAUCAUUUGUCACAUGUGAUGAUUCAAAAGGAGUUGUGAAUUGUAAGACAAUAAAAAAAUCAAGGACUGGUUCUCAGCAAAUGGACCACAAGAACGAAAGCCAAAGGACACGAAAGAACUCAAAUACGGCUAUGGCAUACUACAUGGAGAGAGAGGACAUGGUCUCAAAAGGGUUUACAGAAGAAGUUCAUAGUCCAUCUUCUUUUCAAGUCAUGGAAGUCUCUAGAGGAGCCCAGAAGCUGAACCAGAUGAUUGACUCAUGGUCUAAAGGAGUGAUAUUUGAUGGGCAGUCUAAAGAUAUUGCACAAGAUUUGUUGAAAGGUGCUCUUGAUCUCCAAGAAUCUCUAGUCAUGCUAGGAAAGUCUCAAGAAGCUUCAUUGUAUAUGUCUCAGGUAAGAAAGAAGCCGCAUGAGAAGUCAGAAAGCAGAAGAAUUGAUGAAAUGGAGAUUAGGAGAACAAAUUCUAGUCCAAUUGGGGAUCAAAAUUGCUCAAUGGGAUUUCAAAAGCCUAGAAUUUCUACUGAUGGCUCUUCAAGGAAUCAGAUUGAAGAGCUUAAGAAAGUGAUCAGAGACAGCCUUGCUAAGCAGAAUCUAUUGCCAAACCUAACCACUCAAGAAACAGGAUAUCUUCAUCAAAGAGAUUUGAGCUCAGCUUCAGAAAUUCCUUCCACAAGCUCAAACCAGUCUUUGAAUGUUGAUGCAUAUGAUUUUGAUUCUCCUGACUCCUCUCUUUCAUCAAAAGCUCCACAGAAGAAGGAGAAAAAAGGCCCAAAUUUGAUUGCCAAGCUAAUGGGUCUAGAAGACCUCCCUUCAAAAACAUCACAGAACACUCUACAGAAACAUUUAGAGAGGGAGAGAAUUUCAAACCAGAGAAGACCUAUCUUUGACAUUGAUAUGCCAAAGGGAAGGAAGCCCCAAUCUAUAGCACAGAGGGUGAAUCCAGAGCGGAAGACAUUGAAGGAAAUACUUGAUACCCUGCAAUUCAAAGGACUUCUGAGAAGCAACUCUAUCGAAGAGCUUAAGCCUCAGUCUGAUCAUUCCAACAAUUCCCAUUCCAAACAAAGGGUGAUUGAUGAGAUACCACCCAUUGUUCUUAUUAAACCUUUUCGUGUCCCACGCCUGGUGGACCAGCUUCACACAGCAGUGCUUCGGGAAGAGAAAUCUUUCAACACAAAAAAGAUGCUGAGAAAAUUGACAAUAAAAAGAGAGCUUUCUUUCAACACUCACAAAGAAGGGGCUUUGAGUUCCAAGAAAAUGCAUUGCAAAAUGGAAGUAGAAGAAGAAGAGACUCCUAUUAAAACACUUAGCAUAGAAGAAGUUACUAGGGAACAUAAAGAAGUAGUUAGGAAACCAGAAGGAAAAGAAAUCAAGCCUAAAGAAAAGGUUUCACAUAAGCUAAAAGCUUCUGUUCCUGUAGAUCACAGACUGCAGACAAAAGAGGCAAUUGUCAAGAAACUGAAAGCAGAUCGAUUUCAAAAUAAUGCUUCUGCUAGCAGGAAACCGCUGAAGAUGGAGAACAAGAAAGGUAAAAUUGUCUCGAGAUGUAAAGAUCAAGCUACAGUGACCUCUACAAAGCCAAGAAAGUCUGGAAAUGUAUCAAACAGUUGUUUAGUAAACAACCAGAUUUCCCGAAAACCAAGUACCACCCAAAACACCAGCUCAAAACAUGCAACAAAAACUAUAAGUUCCUCUGAUCAGAAAAAGAAUCAGAUGAAGAAGAAGAAGCCAGUCAGGGAGCUUACAGCAAUCAAAUCAAUCGAAAACUUUGGAUCCAAAGAAGAUGACAUGAGCAUCAAUUUUAAAAGUGAAAUUUGCUCUCCACUGAUAAGAAUUGACACUACUCUUGCGGAUCAAUUCCCUGUAGAUGAGGAAAAGGAUGCCUCUGAAUCUAAUAUUGGAGAGCAUUGCAGUAAUAGCCAGAGUUCUCUUUCUGAUGUCACACCAGUGAGUCCCAAGCAUGAAAUGGAUGAGAAAACUGUGGAAGAAGCUUACGAUUACAUCCUUCAUAGUAGAAAAGAUAUCAAAAGCUUUAAAUCUGGAAAUAAUCUUAAACAUUUUCUCUUGAGCAGUCCAUCAUUCCUUACUCAUGCAGAGGAGCUUUUUGAUCUCGAUGUGUGUACUCCAACAAUUUUACUAACAUCUUGCACCAGUGAUUUCAUAGAAGCCAAUGUGAGGCUCUCUUUAGAAUGUGCAAAUGAACUAAUUGAACGUAAAAGCCUUCGAGGUUCACAAACAGUCCAUCCUUUGUUACUUACACAUGAGGGCAAUUUGAGAGUAUGCACCUCAGUGGACAAGUUAUUGGAGGAAGUUUGUAGUGUUGUUGAAAGUCUUAGAAGAUAUAGCAAGUUUGGUGGUGAGCUUCUUCCUCAAGAUAGUCUUUAUUCAAUGUUAGAGAGAGAUAUAAGCUGCAAUGGAAUUGAAAAUGGAAUCUGGGAUUUUAGUUGGAGGUAUGAAUUUUCUGCAGAUGAUGCUGAGCAAGUGGCAACUGAGAUAGAGAAGCUAGUUUUCUGUGAGUUGAUUGAGGAGGUCCUCACAUAAAGGCUUCAGCAUAUUAUCCAUGUUUGUCUGGAUACAUUAGUUUGAGAGAUUCUUCGCUCAGCACCAGUUCUUCAGUGGAUCUCAAACCAGAUUCUUGCUCUGUUUCCAGGUUCUUCGUGCUUCCAGAUUCUUCGCUCAGCACCAGCAUAAAUCGAGUUUAUAGAACUCGAGUUACAAAUCGAGUUUUAGAAACUCGAGUUACAUAUCGAGUUUCUAAAACUCGAGACGCUACUUUACAAAAUCCUUUCAACCGUUUGUCAACUAAUUAUAUUGUUUCCCCUCAGCAUGCUAGGCUGCAAAUAUCCCCUCAAGAUUUGAUAUGGAUCAUUAUGCUUUUAUGUGGAGAACACUUUCUCAGUUUCUGAAUGA